CUACUAGCUCUAUUCGUUUCUACACACCCUGCCGCCGGCGCAGCUGUUGGAGGUAGAGAGAAUGGUCAUUCGGAGAGAUAUCAGAUAGAGUCAGGUUAAAUAGAUCAUCUCACCUAGUCUAUCGCCCAUCCCCUCUGUGCCGUACAGCCUCCCUGGGGUAGGCUACAAUCCGCCGAAAGAGAGAGAGAGACAUCAUUAUAAUUACCACCCCUCCCUACUACGACUAGCUUACUACCACGGCGGCCACUGUUGCUGUAUAGUGCACAUCUGGGUUGCCCCUGCAUUAAUAGAUUACAUCGAAGAUUUGAUUUUUUUUCUUUUUCUUUUCUAAAAGAGAGUGCAGAUAAGUGUCGUUGGAUACAAUUCUGCACAAAAACCGUGCCGCUCCUAUUGCAACUGGGACAAUUUGAUGCUUUAAUCUUCAUUUGAAAGAAAACAAUAAAGCAAGAAGAUAUCCGUCAAAAAAGGAUAGUGCGAGAACCCACUGCUUAAUCCUGCUAAGUUUUCUCUGCUGUAGCAAGGCACUCCCUCUAACCCUGCAGCCAUGGAUGAAAUGGACCUUCCCCAGAUGACGAAAGAGGUGGAAAGCCUCAAAUACCAGCUAGCCUUCAACAGGGAGAAGUCCUCCAAGACCGUACCAGACCUGGUGAAGUGGAUUGAGGAGGGAGUUCCCAAUGACCCCUUCCUUAACCCAGAGCUCAUGAAGGCCAACCCGUGGGUGGAAAAGGGGAAGUGUACCAUUCUUUAAUAGCAGAGCAAGUGUGCACACCAAGCACAGCACACACAUAGGCACUGUACAGCACAAUAGAGACUGCUAAACAUGAUCUCUACCUAGCUACUCACAGUGAAUGUAAAAUAGCUUAUUAAAAGAAAAAAAAGAUAAUCAUUGCAAAAGUUAAAAUGCUCUUGAUGCCAUUUUUUUUAAUGCAUAAAAUAGGUUUCUUUUUUUGCAUAAAAAGGUUUUAGACUGCAUGAUUAUAUAUAUAUAUAUAUAUAUAUAUAUAUAUAUAUAUAUAUAUAUAUAUAUAUAUAUAUAUAUAGUGUAUACUACUAACCAAGAAUGAAAAUGGCAAUAUGUGAUUGUGAACAGCUGUGAAAUCUAUUUUUGUUUUUUUUAUUUUCUACUGGCUUAUCUGAUAUUUCCCCUAUAUUAUUUAUUUAUUUAUUUAUGGGCAUUGUCAGUGCUGAGGAAUUGUUGUGUUUUUUUCCACCUAAUACAUCAUACAAUUUCACAUUCAAUAACUGCCUUGUACACAGUUUACUUAAAGGGAAUGUAUUCAUAAUAUAUGUCAUUCUAGCUCAACUCCAUAAGUGCAGAACAACUAGGCGCCUUUUAGUGAUCGUCCCAGACCUAGUUGAGUUGAAUAAUGAGUGCACACGAUUUAGGAGCCCUCAUUUUAAUGCUUCACAGCUGUACUCUAUCUGUUUACUGCUGAAACAUUCGUAAAGAAAAUCAAUUACACUUUAUUUUUUAUUUUUUAUAAUACUUUCAAGAGAAACAUACUAUGGGGACUUAUGCAUAAGAACAAUUACUAGUUUAAUGAUAAAACAGCAAUAAAUAAAUGACUGAAUUUUUUUAUUGAAUGUUUUACAAAAGUUUGUCAUAUUAAAUAAAGUAGAACAUUUUUAGACAG